GGUGCUGCUGCUGAUUGCACUUAUGUUGAAAGCUAUAAAUCAUCAGACGCGGCUCGGCAACAAAUUCUUAGCGAUUGGGGUACUGCAUCAGCUGUUUAUGAAAGAACUUUUAAUGUCACCCUUGGUUUAAUUUAUAUUGAGAUUCAAGAUUUAACUUGUCCUUCAACACCUAAUCCGGCAUGGAAUAGACCAUGUUCGGAUUCAUAUAGCAUAAGUGAUAGAUUGAGUGAUUUUAGUAAAUGGAGAGGAGAUGAUGGUGCAGCAUUAUGGCAUUUAAUGUCCAAAUGCAA